AUGACAGAGCAAGGCUGUGAUAUAGAAAAUGAAGCAAAAGUGGAAUUUUAUGUCUCGGUAGACGCUACACAGCAGUCAAGCUAUGACAAGAUAACACAUGAUAAAUUUACAGCUGAAGUACAAGAAAAGCAUACUUCAACACUGGGCGGUGAUACAUCGAUAACAACAAUUGAAAACUGGUCAGCAACGGUUCCAUCGAAUCCUGUCAUUAUCAAACUCGGCAUUCGAAGCAUUUUUGAUUUAUUAAAUCAUGGUCGAUUUCCUAACGACUCAUUGAUACAAAAUAAAUCAGCAUUAAUUGCCCAAGCGUUAAAUAAUUACAUUGUUAAUCCAGUGUACUGUUAUAACAAUUGCACGGACCAUGGUAGUUGUGUGCCAAGUGCAUAUUUUCAAUUUGGAAUAUGUAACUGUAGUGAGGGCUUUUCAGGUUUUGAUUGUUCUGUUAAACGAUUAAUAACAGCAACAAAACAAAAUUCAGGGAAACCGGCAAACAGUGGCACAAUGUGUGCAUUUUUCGAUGUUCAGUUUGCCAUUCUUCAGCUUUUCAUUUUAAUGUUAUUUUCGUUCUCAUUCAUGUGUUGA